AUGGCAUCCCUCGAGCGCUCGCUGUUUCACCUGCCAAAAGCUGAGCUGCACCUCCACUUGGAGGGAGCGAUGCGUCCGGAAACGCUGACAGAGCUUUGCCGAAAAUACGACAUAGAGCGUCCACCAGACACGCAAGGGAAGUCAUUUCCCGACUUCGAUCCGUUCGCGCGCUGCUACAUCGCGGUCUGCGAGUGUCUGCGGGAGGAGGAGGAUCUCAGGCGUUUGGUGCGUGAAGUUGCUGAGGAUUCGGCAAAGUCAGGUGCCUUGUGGAUAGAACCUGCUCUGUCUGUGGAGCUCUAUGCCGAGCGACUGGGUGGUCUCGAUAAGACCUUGCGGAUGCUGAUGGCGGCUGCAGAAAAUGCAGAGGAUCUGACAGGCGUUGCCAUGGGCUUCAUCGUUUCAGCCGAGCGGCACUUGCCGAUAGCGAGGGCUGACAAGCUGGCCUCAACCGUCAGGAAUUUGGUGGAAAGCGGCGCGGCCAAGAUCAAAGGAAGACCAGCCAUUAUUGGCUUUGGGUUGCAUGGUGCCGAGGCUGGAAAUCCACCCGAGCCGUGGAAGGAGGCGUUCCAGUCCGCCUGCGCUUCCGGCAUCGCCGCUCUGCCACAUGCCGGGGAAUUUCCACCGUCUCCCGAGCCGGGAGCUGGAGCUGCGAGUGUUCGCUUCUGCGUGGACGUGUUGGGAGCCCGUCGGAUAGCACAUGGGGUUCUGGCAGCUGACGACGGCACCCUCAUCGCCCACCUGGCAAAGCUCAAGGUGUGCUCGGAACCCGGCAACUCCAACACGUUCACGGAAUCACGCUCUGAAAGCCAACCGUAUGGUUGUGUGAGCAGCACUGCAUUCAGCACUUCAGAGCAUGCGGCCUCGGGCAGAGGUCUUGAUAUUUGCCCGACAAGCAACCAGCUGCUCGGCACAGCUGGUGGACCUGGUCUACAGUCGCCGCUCAAGCAGUUUCUUGACGCGGGUGUGCCCUGCACCAUCAACUCUGAUGACCCUUUGCUGUUUGGAUGCUCCUUACUUGGAGAAUAUGAACGCUGUCGACGAGAGCUGAAGAUGCCCGACGAGGAAUUGGCCAAGUGUGCGGCUGCAUCCUUUGAGCAUUCUUGGGCGCCAAGCGCCCUCAAGCAGAAGGGCUUGGAGGACAUCGAGGAGCGGGAUGUUGAUCAGCUGCCUAAGCACACUCGUGCGACAUGCAUUGCAACAGAGAAGAUGGGCCCGGAGCUGUUCCGGCAGGUGUGGCUGCAGAACAAAAGCAGCCAGCAGUGGGCCCAACUGGAGGACUUGGUCCAGACCAUAGAUGAGCAGGAGCAGGCAGGAGGACACCGGGGGCCUUUGGGUCCUGUGGAGGGCCGACGUACAAAGAUUGUCAUCGAUCGUGCAUUGGAUGCCUUGGGGGGCCAGGGCACCCUGCGCGAGGUGAUCGAGUGGAUUGAGAAGAAUCCGAAGGAGCUCGAAGAGCUCCGAGAGCAAGAUGUGCUCAUGCUGCUUCUUUGUGGUCAGGCCGUGAAGCAGUUGGUUCGACGAUCGCCACCUUUCGUAAAGUUCCCCGAGCCGGAGCCGAUGGCCAUUCAGGAUGCACCUGCGGCGAAAACGAGGUCCAAGCGCGCUGCGAAACAGGUUGCGGAGGGCGGCGAUGAUUCUGCUGGCCAAAGUGCUCCGAAGCCCAAGAGGAUUCGAAAGGCCAAGGCCAAGGCUCAAGCUGCCCCAGCAGAAUCCGAGGAGCCCAAGGAUACGGUCCCUCUGAGGACUGGAAGCAGAGGGGUAAGCUUUCCUCGCCUGAGAUACAUUUCCCAGCGCCCCACUUGA